GAUUAGGAUUCGUGCCUUGAGCAGGGGGUUGGACUUGAUGGCCUUAUAGGCCCCUUCCAACUCUACUAUUCUAUAUGUGAUGACCAGAACAGCACACAUUUAUUCCAAGUAUGGUUGCACUACAGCUUUGAAGAAAGGCAAGAUUCUGGCAGUUCUAUUUUUGGUGUUUUUCCUAAUGCCUAGCACAGCAUUUGCCUGUUUUCGCUCCUGCUGCUGCACAUUAGUUUGACAUUUCCAUUGAGUUAUCCCACCACGACCCCAAGGUCUCUUUCCAGGUCAGUCACCACCAGUUCAUAUCCCAUCAGUGACGUGUGACGUGAGGAGUUUUAGUUUUGCUUAGAGUGACUUGCAUUGCCCCUUUAAUGCCCAAUCAGCCAGUUUGGAGAGGUCCUUUUGGAGUCCUUUGAAGUCUGCUUGGGUUCUUUCCACCCUGAAUAAUUUGUUGUUCUCUGCAUACUUGGGCACUCCGCUGCUGACUCCUAACUCCAGAUAAUAUGUAUAUAUAAAAGUUUAAAAGCACUGGUCCCAGUACAGAUCUUCUGGAGGCCCAAAUUCUUACUUCCCGCCAUUGUGAGCACUUCCUGUUUAAUCCUAGCAUCUGCUUCCUGUCCUGUUGCGAAUCAUGCAAGAACCUGCCCUUUUAUGCCUUGUAUUGUGGACAAAAGUGCCACUAUUACUCUGUUAGUCUUUAAACCGCCACAAGAUUUUGCUGUGGCGGACUUACGCAGCAGUCUGUUUGGAAGCUCUUGAUAAGGUUGAAGUUGUAAAUGGCAAUGAGUAACUGAGGAGCAAAGUCUGCUGCUGUUGAGCUGUUGGGGUCUGCUGCUACAAGUAAGAGCUGCAGCUGCCUGGGCACAGAGAGAGGCCAAUGGGAUCGGGGAUGUCCCUGUUUGGCUGUUGAGGGAUGAGAAGUGUUGCCCCUGAACAUCUCUUGGCAUAGCUCAUACUGCAAGAUACAGCUCUGCUUCAGAUUCCUGGGCCUUCCAUCGUUAUUCAAGGUACAGAGGAUGUCUGCCUCCCUGAGCAGCCGGGCAGCGGUCACCCACAUGCUUGUGGCCCUCUUUGGGAUGGGCUCCUGGGUCUCGAUUAACUCCCUGUGGGUGGAGCUCCCUGUGGUGGUGAAGAUGCUGCCGGAAGGCUGGAACCUCCCUGCCUACCUGUCUGUCCUGAUUGCCCUGGGCAACGUAGGCCCCGUGAGCGUGACCCUGACUCACCACUUUGCACCGGGGCGGCUGAAGGAGCGGUGGCUGAUCCACGCCAUCCAGGGGUUGGCCGCGGUGGCUGCUCUCUUCCUGGCGCUCUUCUGGGAUCACACGGCCACGGUCGCUGGGCAGCCGCGCAGCCUGGCGUACCUGGUGCUGGCCUUUGUGAUGGCGCUGGUGUGCUGCACCUCCAACGUCUCCUUCCUGCCCUUCAUGUACCAGUUUCCACAGCUCUUCAUCCACACCUUCUUCAUCGGGCAGGGCCUUAGCGCCCUCCUCCCCUGCGUGCUUGCCCUGGGCCAGGGGGUGGGGCAGCUGCAGUGCCUGAAUGGCACAGACGGCAGGCCGUCCCAGCCGCACUACCUGGAGGAGAACUUCUCGGCCACCACCUACUUCUGGCUGCUGCUUGCCCUGCUGGUCAUCUCGGCACUCUCCUUCCUGGCUCUGGUGGUGUGUCGCAGCCGCGGUAGCACUGCUGAGGAGAAGAGCUCCUCCAAGGACAGCAUGGAGACAGAGGAGACCUUCCCACUGCCCUCCGAGAACAUGCCCACCUCUGAACACUCCACAGAGGUUGCUGCUGCUGCUGCUGCUGCAGAAGAAGAACCUGCCAAGCCACAGGCUGCCACGUUCUGGACAGGGAGAAACAUAUACCUGCUGGUGCUCCUGGGGGUCUCCAAUGCACUGACCAAUGGAGUCCUCCCUUCCGUGCAGAGCUACUCCUGCCUGCCCUAUGGGGUCAUGGCCUAUCACUUGUCUGUGGUGCUCAGCAACAUUGGCAACCCUGUGGCCUGCUUCCUCGCCAUGUUCCUGCUGUGCAGGUCUUCCCUGGGCCUGAGCAUCAUCUCUGCUGUGGGGGGGGUGUUUGGAGCUUACCUGAUGGUGCUGGCGGCGUUCAGCCCCUGCCCUCCGCUGGUGGGCAGCCCUGUAGGAGUUGCUCUGGUGGUGAUCUCCUGGAUCCUCUUCAUGGGUCUCUUCUCCUACCUGAAGGUGGUGAUUGGCAGCUUGCUGCACGAGGCUGGCCACGCUGCCCUGGUCUGGUGUGGCGCCAUCAUCCAGGUGGGCUCGCUGCUGGGGGCCCUCGUCAUGUUCCCCCUCACCAGCGUUUACGACCUCUUCCACCGCGGGAUGGACUGUGUGAACAACUGCAGUGCGUGAGCGCAGGGGCGAGGAGGCCGUGAGGCUCCAGAAGAGGACUCGCUGCCGCGCCUGCUGGUGAAGGGGCCAUGCCAUGCCAGCUCUCUCCCGUGGUGGUCCUUCGCAGGAGCACUUUCAGGGGUAGUCUUGGCAACAUGGGGGAUGUCUGUGACCUUUUCCAAGUCGGGUGGAGGACCUCCCCUUCUAGACAGACAGGUGGCCCUUCUGGGAAGUUCUCCUCCAGUUCACCCAGCACUGCUAAUGAACCCUCCUGUGCUGUGGCCCCCUGCAGAGGAGAAAGGCUGUGGUGGCAGAAAAAGAAGGGGAAGCGGGGUGUAUUCCCUCUGCCCCUGCAUUUCUUCCUGCCCCUUCUGCGUAGGCUUCGGCUAGUUGUAGCCAGUCUGCAAAGAGGUUUGUCCCUCAGCCCCCUGGAAGGAGUGUGCAUGUGCACCUCUGAAGCGGGGAGGGGGCCUGCAGCUCCUUUUCUUGUUUAUGAGGGAGGGGCGCUGCUUUCUUCCUCCCCUGGGCACCACCAUGCCUUAACUACAGAGCUUUUUUCUGUGAGACCAAAGCUGCCCCCGCCCCCUGGGAUGCCUUGCCCUCUCCAAACUGCCUUGCCUCCUCCCUGUCGGGGAUCCAGGCCCUUUGAACCUCUUGGGUGUAGUGAUGGAUGAGGGCUUCAAAGGGGAUACCUGAUGCCAGGCGGGAAGGUGGCUGCAGUGUGGCACUGUGGAGGGGCCGCAGAGCUUGGACAAGUUACUCUUUUGAACUACAACUCCCAUCAGCCCCAGCCAGCAUGGCCACUGGAUUGGGCUGAUGGGAGUUGUAGUUCAAAAAGGUAACUUUUCCAAGCUCUGGGAGGGGGUGGGGCACUACCUUGAAACUGGCAGACGGUUAUAGGGGAGACCAUGGAAAAUGUUCAUCAGGGGCCUCCUUUUUUUUAAUUGAGACUGCUCACUUAAGUGCUUUGUGGUCUGCAUCUUCUGGGAGCGGCCUGGUGCUUGUGGGGUGGGUGGACAGACAAGGAUGGCAAAAGUGAGGCUAUCUAGAAUGGGCCAGAUUACAUGAUCUCAUGCAGCUGUGCUAGUUAACACUCCCCGCAUUCUGCAUUAGCUGCACCCUUCAACCCAAUCGCUGGGGAACUGGAAAUAGGCCUUCCGCUUCACUGUGGCAACUUUGGCCUCCAGUGAUGAGGUGGCAUCAAGGAGCACUCCCCGGCUUUGGAUCUGAUCUUUCAAGGUGAGUGCAGACUCACCCAGAAGAGACCAGUCACUCAGUGUUUGGACAUGGGUACCCCAAUCACAGCACUCAUCCAGCCAGUUACCAGUCACAGACACUGGAUGCGCAGCUGCACAGCUUCACCUGAUUCCGAUGGAACGGAUAUGCAGCCUUGGGUGUCAUCAGCAUACACUACAUCAGAUUAUUACUCCCAAAGGCUCCAUAUAUUUUAUUUAUUUAUUAGAAUAUUUAUAAACUGACAACUCAUUUUAAAAUGUCACAAUAAUGUACAAUAAAAUCAUUAAAAUACCAUAAAAUUCUAAAAUAGAACAAAUGACCAACACGGAAUCAAAUUCUUCAAAAAAAAUGAAAGAAAACUGUUUUGAGCAGGGGACAACGCACUGAAAUUAUAGGGGCCUGCCUGAUUUCAAAUGUUGGUGCCACUACACUAAAAGCCUUGGGACACGUAGAAACUAAAUGAGUAUGAAAUAACUGUGAGGCAGUGAAAUUAGAUGUGAGUGUAUAGAUGUUGACUAUCAUGGGAAGGGAGACAAAAUGCUCUCGCAGGACCCUGAACACUCCAGCAAAGCAGAAGUUCCACAAUGCAAUUCUCUGGCAUCGGUCCUGGAGGUAGGAGCAGAACCACCAUAACACCUUGCCUCCCACUCCCAACCGUACAGAGCCUGUCCAGAAGGAUGCCAAGAUCGAUGGCAGGGAUCUGGAGCCUGUUUGGCUCUACAGGCCAGAUGCUUAUCAGGAUUGGCUUUGUGGGCCAAAUUUGAUGGGUGGGUGGGGCGGUGGGGCUGCCUCUGUCAAUGACAUGACAUCACAUGAUUGACAGACAAGUUGGCCCAUCCAGCUGUCAAGAUCCUUUAUGCAGGUCUCCCGAGCACUGGACAGCCAGCUGGCUGGCUGGUGGGUGGGUGCUUAGGGACUGCAGCAUGAGGGCCAUUGGUAGCCCUGUGCUCAGUGCUGUAGGAAGCGCUUGUUUCUCUCCUCCCCAUCUGAGGCAUGUGCAGCUAAACUGAGCAUCAUUUAACUCCUGCUGGGCACAUGCCUCCCAGAGGGAGGGGAGCUGAGGAUCUGGGAUCAAAUGCUGCUGCCUUGGUUGUGCACACCAGUUCCCCCCCGGACCCCGCCCUGGCCCUUGGCUGACCUCAUGAGUGAUGUCAGUGGUGGGCAUGGUUAGGGGGACAUGGCCUGGCAGGCCAAACUGGAU